GACCGGAGCUGGCGGCUUGUAAAGUUGCGGCUCAGUUAAAUCACAAACAGAGAAAACACAAACAGGUUGCCACUCCAGGGCGGAUUUACUCCUUCAUUUGAGAAAAGCGAAGGAAAGGAAUAAGAAAGCGCUGGCAAAUCUGGAUUAACUCAACUACUGCUUCUAAAUGGACUCGAAACGACCGAGGACGAUUUUUAACCAGAACAGGACCCACUUCUUCUUAUUGAUAUGAUGCUUAUGUUUGUUUAAAACGUCAUCAGCUUGGGAAUUUGAGCGAGGAUGACCGCCCUCAUGAGGAAGGUGCAGCAGGUGCUGUGCGUCCUGCUGCCGUGUGCUCUCCAACUCUGCAGCGCGCAGACACAAGGAGUGGUCGUUUGUUCUGGCACCCAGAAUGUUCUGAGCACGACGGGAAAUUCAGAGAUCCAGUACAACCUGAUGAAGGAGAUGUACACUGGCUGUGAGAUUGUGAUGGGCAACCUUGAGAUUACCAUGAUGGAGCACACCAGAGACUUCUCCUUCCUGCAGUCUAUCAGAGAGGUGACAGGCUACAUCCUGUUCGCCGUCAACGAGUUCAGCCGCCUGCCUCUGGACCACCUGCGCGUCAUCAGAGGCACCGCACUGUACGAGGACCAGUACGCUUUGGCUGUGAUGGUCAACUACCAGAAGGACGGGCAUUAUGGUCUGCAAGAACUGGGCCUGACACACCUUACAGAGAUACUGGAGGGAGGAGUCAAGAUCAUCCAGAAUAAGUACCUGAGCUACGCCCCGCAGGUGAACUGGCUGGACAUAGUGAAGGAUGGAGAAACUCGUAUUGAGAUCGAGGGCAAUGGGCCUGAAAAACCUUGUAACGAAGCAUGUGGAGAGCUUCCAUGUUGGGAUCCAGGAAAUGACACGUGCCAGAUCUUGACAAAGACUGUGUGCGCCCCUCAGUGUAACAGCAGAUGCUUUGGUGGAAGCCCGAGCGAGUGUUGUCACAUUGAAUGUGCUGGAGGCUGCACUGGACCCCUGGAUACAGACUGCUUUGCUUGCAGGAACUUCAACAACUCGGGCUCCUGCGUGCCUCUGUGUCCCCAGACCCUCAUCUACAACAAGCACACAUUCAAACUAGAGCCCAACCCCAAUGCCAAGUACCAGUAUGGCUCCAUCUGUGUGGCCCAGUGCCCCACAAACUUCCUGGUGGACGGCAGCUCAUGUGUGAGCAGUUGCCCUUCUGAUAAAAUGGAGGUGGAGAAAAAUGGGGUGAAAAGAUGUGAACCCUGUGGAGGCCUCUGUCCAAAAGCUUGCCAAGGCACAGGAAGUUCAGCCAGACAGACUGUCGAUGCUCUUAACAUCGACAGUUUCAUAAACUGCACUACGAUUCAGGGUAGUCUGCACUUCCUGGUGACUGGGAUCAAAGGUGAUGAUUACAACGGUGUACCAGCCCUCGAUCCAGAGAAACUGAAAAUCUUCAACACUGUGAGGGAGAUUACAGACAUCCUCAGUAUCCAGUCGUGGCCUAAAAACAUGUCCGACCUGUCAGUCUUCUCCAACCUCCAAACUAUUCAGGGCAGAACACUUUACAAAGGAGCGGGCUCUAGAAGGGGCUACUCUCUUCUGGUGAUGAAGAUCUCCUCUUUGACCUCCCUGGGGUUACGCUCGCUGCGAAAAAUAAACGACGGCAGCGUCUACAUCACAGGAAACAAGAAGCUCUGCUACCAUGACACUGUCAACUGGACGCGUAUCUUGAGCAGCAGCUCCCGCCAGCAGCGACGCCAGAAGAACAUUGACAUCAAGGAGAACAGACCAAGAUAUCAGUGUGUUAAUGAGGGCUAUGUGUGCGAUCCCCUGUGCUCCUCUGAUGGCUGCUGGGGUCCAGGGCCAAACCAGUGUCUGUCAUGUAAGAAAUACAGCAGGGGAGGAACGUGCGUGCCAGACUGCAUGUUCUUAACCGGGGAGAGGCGGGAGUUUGCUACUCUGUCAGGGGAGUGUAUGCCAUGCCACCCUGAGUGUAAGGUCCAGGAGGGGAAGGAGACGUGCAUAGGCCCGGGAGCAGAUCAGUGUAUAGCAUGUGCCAAACUGCAGGACGGUCCACACUGUGUCUCCUUGUGUCCUGAGGGCGUGAUGGGAGGGGAGGAAAUCAUCUUUAAAUACCCCAACAAGCAAAGCCACUGUGAACCGUGCCACAUCAACUGUACCCAAGGGUGCGAUGGACCAGGAAUUGGAGACUGUGAGGGGUCAUCCCGGCACAUUUCUGGACAAGCGACCACAGCCAUCGUACUGGGAGUGAUUGCCCUUCUCUUCGCUUCUUUCUCUGUUUUCGUGCUGACUGUUCUGUACCGCCGAGGCCUCGCCAUUCGUCGCAAGCGAGCUAUGAGGAGAUACAUGGAGAGCGGACAGAGUUUUGAGCCUCUGGAUCCUGGAGAGAAAGGGACUAAAGUCCAUGCUCGGAUCCUGAAGCCCACAGAGCUGCGUAAGAUCAAGCUGCUGGGUAACGGAGUGUUUGGAUCAGUCCAUAAGGGCAUUUGGAUUCCUGAGGGCGAUACAGUGAAGCUCCCUGUGGCCAUAAAGACCAUUCAUGAUCGCACUGGACGGCAGACCUUCCAUGAUCUGACACUUCACAUGGGGACGAUGGGAAGCUUGGACCACGUUAACGUUGUCAGGAUCCUGGGUAUCUGUCCCGGUGCCAGCCUGCAGCUCGUCACCCAGCUCAGCACUCAGGGCUCCCUGCUGGAGCACGUCAAGAACUGCAAGAACAAACUCAGCCCGCAGAGGCUGCUCAACUGGUGUGUUCAAAUUGCAAAGGGUAUGUAUUACCUGGAGGAGAACAGGGUGGUCCACAGGAACCUGGCCGCCAGAAAUGUGCUCCUGAAGAAUAAUUACACCGCCCAGAUCUCAGACUACGGCAUUGCAGACCUGCUUUAUCCUGAUGACAAGAAGUACUUUUACAAUGAGGGCAAGGCACCAAUCAAAUGGAUGGCCUUAGAGAGCAUCUUGUUUCGCAAAUACACACAUCAGAGCGAUGUCUGGAGUUAUGGUGUGACAGUAUGGGAGAUGAUGUCUUAUGGGGCAGAGCCAUACACUACGAUGCGUCCACUGGAAGUUCCUGAUCUGCUGGAAAAGGGCGAGCGUCUGUCUCAGCCUCAAAUUUGCACUAUUGAUGUUUACAUGGUCAUGGUCAAAUGUUGGAUGAUUGAUGAGAAUGUCCGUCCUACAUUCAAAGAGCUGGCGAAUGAAUUUACCAGAAUGGCCAGAGACCCGCCUCGCUACCUGGUGAUCAAAGAGGACUGCAGCCAACAGGACACAGCCCCGGAUGAACUUGCCCAGCGGAGUGCAGACCUGGAUGACCUGGAUGAUCUAGACAUCGAUCUGGUGGACCAGGUGGAGGAGGGGGUGGUAGAUGGCAUGACUCCAGCCGCCCACUACCUGGCUCAGUCCAGGAGCCUCAGUCGCCUCUCCAGGAUGGACACUCACAGAGUGGUUCUUACUUCAUCAGGCGGGGCUGGAUACCUGCCUAUGACACCAGGUGUUGACAACCAAGGACAGGCCAUGUGGCAGUCGCGCUCUCGACUAAACUCAGCCCGCACUGUGUCUGAGAGUUCGGAGGGCCGUGGCACAGCAGUGGAGAUGGAGAUGAGUGAGAACUUUUCUCUGGCAGGGAGCCUGAAAAGACGACGUCAUCGUGAGGACAGCGCUUACAUGUCGCAGAGGGACAGCAUGUCCGGCGGGCCACCAGAGACUCCAUCACCAGAGAUGGAGGAAGACGACCAGAAUGGAUACGUGCUUCCUGGAGACAACCCAGAGAGAGAAACCCUGCUUUCCUCAUCUCGAGCCACUCCUGGCAGGAUGGGCAAGUCUCAUUCGUCGGGCCGGUUGGAUGACCCAGAUGAUGAAGAAUAUGAGUAUAUGAACAAGCAGACGUGUGUAACACCUGUCUCGCCCAGGCACAACAGCCACUGGCUGAAGCCGAACAAGAAGCGCACCUCCUCCAUAUCGUCACAAGCGACAGCAUGCUCAGGUGAUACCACACUAUCUGUGGAGGUCAGGGGAGGUCCCACAAGGACCACUCACAACUCUGAUUCAGAGCAGCGGGGAUCUAAUGAAGUUGAAUAUGAAUACAUGGACAUCAGGGGUACUGAAAAAGAUGAAAGCCCUCCAGCACAUGACCCUCCGACAACGACACCAGCAGGGAUGGGCAGAGAGGUGGAGGAGGAGAAGGAGGAGAAGGAGGAGGAGAAAGAGGAGGAGGAGGAUGAAUACGUGGAGGACAGUAACUAUCAUUACACAAACAGACAGCCGAAGCUGCGGCAAGCUCUUCGAGACAGGAAGGAGCUGAAGAUACAGGGAUGGGACGAGGGCGAGCCGUAUGAGUAUGAGGACAUGGACUGCUUUGCUGCCCUGCAGCCUGGAGAUGCAGUGGAGUACCAGAACGUGCAGAGGGAAGAGGAGGGAGCAGUAGGGGGCACAGAGGCACGUCGAUCUGGGUUUGAACCCUAUGUGAAAGUACGAGCUGGUGUCGGGGUUGGGCAACCUGCAGCUGUUGACAGAUCUUUUGACAAUCCAGACUACUGGCACAGCAGGAUGUUCCUGAAGCCCAAAGCAGUGCCUACAUGAAGAACAUUUUAAAUCUCCCCUCUGAGACUUAUUCAUGAAGGACCCGAAAUAGGAACGCAAUCAAAAGCCAUGUUAAUAAUGCAGCCUGUGACACAAUUUCAAAAACCCAACAUGUGUGACUUUUUCAUAGCUUCGUUGACUGUUACAGGCUGACAUUAUGUCUCGUAUUUAGGCUUAUGAUUGGGGGCAUUUCCAGAAAUAAUAGCACUGAGUGUUGAAAACACUAACAGAAAUGAACAGAUUCCAAGCUACAUUUUUCUGUUUACAUUUUGAAAUGAACAAAGUUUGUUUUUGAGAACAAAUGCAUUUGUUUGGCGUUUGGACUUUUAUGUUUUGAGACCUCGUUUAAUGAUGUGAUAUGAAAUACAUUUUCUACUCAAUAAAAAUAUUUUAUUCUAUUCUA